UUCCGUGCGAAUCCUCGUCUGGGGGCAGGAACGAGAACGACCGAGGGCUGUACCGCUUGGUUUGCAGAACCGUAAGGUUCCAACGACUAAUACAUUAAAGAGAGACACAAACAAUGCCGUACUUGUUACGCUUUAACAAUACAGAACAUAAGCGUCGCUCGCUCUGGACAAGCUUCAACGGCGUGUUUUGUGUGACUAAAACAAUGUUAUGCUAACUUGUUCAACUUCCUUUGUGAGUAGGCUAGCUGGCAAACUUGAGUCGACGUGCACUGCGUGGCUACGGAGAUUGUUAAUGGGCUACUCUUGAAAAAAUUAAAUGGAUGUACCGACAUUUCUUUUCUCCAUCAAAUGUACUGGAAGAUGUCCGAGUGCGUCUGCACUAAUUGAUGCCGGAAUGUUAUGACUUUGAUGUUGUUGACUCUUUUCAAGCAAUGCCAGUGCGGCGAUGUAGAAUGUAGCCUAAGCGUCCAUGCAUUCAUUCGAUGCUUUUCAAUAAAGACCGAAAAAGAAACCCAAGUUUAAAGGAGUCUUUUGAAGUUGGGGUUGUAGACUGAGGCACACGCUGCUCACCUGCCUGGUGAUUGAUUGGCUAAAGCAUACCGAUAACAUUUUGUGCGCACUGAAUGGCUAAUUUAAUUCAUGUGAAUGAGCUCGAACAUGUACGGAAUAACAAGCGGAUGGAAAAGUGAAAUAACGUUGGACCAAGCAUAGGAGUCGGGUGACGGUCCCCGGUGUUUGGGACCUGUUGGGGCCCCCCUGAGCCUGCUUUGGGUGCUGGUCCCCUGUGUUUGGGACCUGUUGGGGCCCCCCUGAGCCUGCUUUGGGUGCAGCGUGGGCCGGGGCGAUGGGGUCUUUUCGGCGGACGCGACCGCGCUUCAUGAGCUCCCCGGUGCUGACGGACCUGCCCCGCUUCCACGCCAGCCUGUCCAGCCUGCAGCUGUCCAACGCCAGCGUCUGGAACAGUGUCCAGUCCGCAGUGAUCAAGGUGUUCCAGGGUGUGGGUCUGCAGGCCAAUGAGCUCUACUCCCUCAACGAGAGCAUCAGGUGGCUCCUCAAGACUGAGCUGGGCUCCUUCAUCACAGAGUACUUCCAGAAUCAGCUCCUGAACAAAGGCCUGGUACACAUUACAGAGAAGAUCCUGCUUUAUGAGGGCGACAGCCAGCUCCUCAUCCUGUCGGAGAUGUGGGGAAGGUUUUUCACCGAAAUUCUGCCGACCCUGCAGGCCAUAUUCUACCCAGUGCAGGGUCAGGAGCUGACGGUGCGGCAGAUGGCCCUGCUGGGUUUCCGGGACCUGGUGCUGCUCAAGCUGCCAUUGGACGAGCUGCUGCCGGCUGUCCCGCCCCCUCCGCCCCCAGCCAUCACGCAGAUGCUGCUGGUCCUGCAGGGUAUUCAUGAGACCAACGGACCCACUCAGCAGUACCAUGAGCUGGAGAAGCUGGUGGAGAUGGUCGUCUCUCCCUACCUGGGAAACUACCUCCACCGCAGCCGCACUGCCUGCUAUAUGGAGUGCCGUGUGGCGCGCUCCAGGCCGAUGGGCGUGGCGCAGUUCGGGCAGCCGGAGAUCCUGGUGACCCAGCAUUCCACGGACUCCUGCUCGCUGGCGCCCCUGGUGGAGCAGGAGGGCGAGGCCUACCUGGAGAAGGUGGGCGGGGUGCGGCGCCACACGGUGGCCAACGCCCAUUCGGACCUGCAGCUGCUGUCGGUGGCCAGCCUGAUGCGCCCUGGGAUGGUGGAGGACUGCGGAGGAGGCGGGGUCGGCGGCGGCGUUGUGGGCGGGGCCGGGAACGGCGGGGUCGGCCCGAGGCCCUUCGCCAGCGAACCCCACAUUCUGGAGUCUCCGGUGGGUGUGGUCGUUCUCUCCAGGCAACAGGGGUCUGCCGAGCUCGGCUGUGCCCCCCCCAGCUAGCGGGGGGGGGGGGGGGGGCAGGGGGUGGGGGAUGCCCCGUGGACUUACCGAAACUCUGGGAGUGGACGGCUCUGCUUAAGAGUGGAACCCAGCUGCCAUAACUGGAUUAAUACAGACUGGGAUCCGUCCAGCAAUGACUCUUUGAGUUAUUUUUUUAAAAACAAACCUCCGGUUCUCCUCAAAGGGCGGGAGAAGCUGAGGAGUGGGCCUGGGAGCGGUCUCAGCGCUGCAGUCAGCGAACGGGGAAGACUGGUCUGGGCUCACCUGUACAAGAGGCCCUCAGGUGUGUGGGGUUUACACCUGUCUCAACCCCACACAGUGGAACGAUGGGAGUUACCACAGAGUUUCAACCGGAAGAGUCUGUCAUUUUGGCUUCUGCCUGUCCUUGACUCUUAACAGAUGAUGAAACGCGUCUUCUACCCCCAACUGGUGUACAGAGAGGCCAGGCCUCCAAAGACAAGCAAUGUCAGCAGCGGGUUCUGGCCAGGUAUGCUGGGGAAGCGUGCAGCAGCACCAACCUCUCAUUGUUUUCAAUAAACAUAGGAAUUCCGGUACAAAGACCACUCAACUUUCAACCUUUAUCUAGACUUUUUACACGGGCAACGCAAAGCCAGUCUUGUUUAGUGUUGGUUUUAAAUGCUUCAUGACAAAUAUGUUUCACUAAUAAAAUGUUCUUACCCCCUAUUUCUUUUUUAAAAUUAAAUGUGUUGUAAGUGAUAAUUAUAAUUUAAAACUGACAUAGAUGUCAUAUGCCUGUUAAUCAUGAUUUAUUUGGUUUAAUCUGUGGAGCAAAUUUAAUGAUUUUACUCAUAAAACUACAAUAAAAUGAACAGGUGCAACAA